CCGAGCAGGCAGCCGUGGGCGCCAGGACGAUGCUGUGUCUCUGGCUGCUCCUGACUGGGCUGGUGGGGCCAGCGCGGGGCGCCUGGCCGGGGCCCGAGGCUGCCUGGCCCGGGCUUGAGGCUGCCUGUGGCCCCGAGGGCUGCUACGUUGUCUUCUUCCAACGCCGCAGCUUCCUGGAGUCCUGGCGGAGCUGCCGGGAGCGCGGCGGGAACCUGGCCACGCUCAAGCGCCGCGAGGAAGCCGCCCAGGUGGCGGAGCUGCUGCAGGCCACGGGCCCGGGUACAGGGCAGCAGCGGCUCUUCUGGAUCGGGCUGCAGCGCCAGCCACGCCAGUGCUUCCCGCAGCGCCCACUGCGUGGUUUCACCUGGACCACUGGCGACCAAGACACGCUCUACACCAACUGGGCACGGGCCGAGUCUGCCGGGGGCGCCGCAUGCUCGGCCUCGCGCUGUGUGGUGCUGAGCUAUGGCCCGGCCAUGCAGGAGAAUUUCCAGUGGCUGGAGGGUUCGUGCACCCUGCCCGUGGAUGGCUUCCUGUGCCACUUCGGCUUCGCUGGCAUGUGCCACGGGCUGGCCACGGAGGAGAUGGGGCCCGUGAGCUACACGACGCCCUUCGGCCGGGUCAGCAGCGCCCUGAGCCACAUCCCCUUCGGCACGGUGGCGUCCGUGGCCUGUGGCAACGCAGCCCCUGUCUCAGUGCUGUGCAUGCAGCAGGACGACGGCGCUGUGGGCUGGUCCAAGGAGGAGCCCCUUUGCGGGGAGGAGCAGGGGGACUGGUGCGAGGGUGACAAUGGGGGCUGCCAGCAGCUGUGCGUGGACGAGGGUCCCAGCUACUCCUGUGAGUGCCACGCCGGCCACACCUUGCUGCCUGACGGGCACUCCUGCGCCCCAGCCGAUGGCUGCCAGAACCACCCCUGCCAGUUUGAGUGUGUGCCCGGAGAGGCCGGAGGGUACCGGUGCUUGUGCCCCGUGGGCUACACACUGGCCAGCGGCGGGCAUGCGUGUGAGGACACGGAUGAGUGUGCCACGGGCCCGUGUGAGCAGCUGUGUGACAACUUCCCCGGGGGCUUCCAGUGCCGCUGCCAGCUGGGCUAUGAGGACGACGGGGCCGGCGGCUGCGCCGACCAGGAUGAAUGCGGCACCGCCCCGUGCGAGCACCAGUGCGAGAACACCGAGGGCUCCUACCUGUGCCUCUGCCACCUGGGCUUCAGCCCGGCCGAGGAGGCGCCACAGCACUGUGCCGACAACGACGAGUGCCAGAUCCCCGGCGUCUGCCAGCAGAUGUGCGUCAACUACGUGGGCGGCUUCGAAUGCUACUGCACCGAGGGCUACGAGCUGGAGGCUGACGGCAUCAGCUGCGCCCCCCUGGCAGAGCCCCCCGCGCUGGCCACCCGGCACCAGACCUUCUACCCACGCUUCAGGGACCAGCAGGAGUGGGGGGCAGAGAUGCCGCAGGUUUUGGGGACGGACGAGCCUUUCAGCCUGACCCAGGCGUCCUCCGGCCCCACUGCUUCCCACCACGAUCUCUCUCCUGCAGCCCCGCACCCCAGCACUGGCCACUCAGCCCCUCGCCCUUCCACUGCCCCACCAGCAUCCACCACCAGCCCCCCAAUCCCUUCCACAACCACUGCUCCCCCAGAUCUCACCACUGGCCCCCCAAUCCCCAGCACCACCACCCUGAUCCCUCCUACAUCCACUGCCCGCCCAGAGCCCACCAAUGGCCCCCCAGCUCCUCACACGAGCCCCGCUAUCACUCCCACAAUUGGCCCUCCAACCCCCAGCACCAGCCCCCCAAGCCCCAGAUCUCCAAGGUCCCCUGGUGCUCCUGCCUCACCCUACAGCAUGGGGGAGGAGGACCCUGCUGCAGACAGGGCCAGGGCUCCACUGCCUCCUUCAGAGGACCCCAGCACCUCUCCAGGCGGGGAGCGGGCACGGAGGAAGCGGGAUGACCGGUGGCUGUUGGUGGCACUGUUGGUGCCCCUCUGUGUCUUCCUGGUGAUCAUGGUGGCGUUGGGCAUCGUGUACUGCACCCGCUGCGGUGCCAGGGCCAAGAGCCGCAGCGUCACACAGUGCUACCGCUGGGUCACCAGUGCAGGGGGCAAGGGGCCCCCACACCCCCCUGCAGGGGCCCACCCGACCACCUGCCGGACCAGCGUCUAAGACUGGGCGGGGCCCAGAACACAAAGGGACCAGGAUGCCUCCCCCCACUCCCAGCUGGGAGACGAGACCCCCGCCUGGGAUGCCAGGACUGGCCUGCACCCUUCCCCAGCUGAGACCGUGGAGCCACCCCAUAGUCCCUGGCUGGGACAUGGAGGCCGACGCCCUGGCUGGAGCAAGGGCCCUGCAGCCACCCUGCCCCCUGGCUGGGACAUGGACACCCCAACUGGAGCACGGAGUCCAGAGCCACCCCAUCACCCUCCCCCAGCUGGGACAUGGACCCCCCAUUUAUUUCCCAACUCUCCAGCUGGAGCAUGGUCCCCCCAAAACUGUCCUGUCUCCAUCAGCUGGUCCCCUGGAAUUGUGCAUUGGCCAUCCCGGAGAUGGAAUCACCCCUGUCCCAGGGCUGGCACUAGGACUAGAACUGGGCCCCUCGAUCCAGGGCAGAGACAUGGAUCCCCUGCACCCUGGCUGGGACAUGGGCCCCCACUCAUCUCCAGAGCUGGGUUCCUCCUUAUCUUGCUCCAUGGACUUCUGCCAAACGGACACAGGAGCCACCCCCACUGCUCUAGGGGCCCCCGCUGAUUGUGGGGAACCCAUGAUGAGACCCACUACUACCCCCACCCCAGAAAAGCUACGAGAAACUGACAGGGAUGGAGAAGUGCCCGCAAGACUUGAGAGACCUCUGGAACUAGGGGUCACGGAGCCAAGAAGUGUGGGAAGUGGGGGCCUGGAGCUAGGGGACAGAAGGGGAGUCAUGGGGGGGCUCAGAAUGGGGGUUGUGGGAGGUCUCGGGGAGAGAAUGUGGGGGCCCUCUGUGGGCGUGGAAGUUCAGGGACUCCCCAGAUGCUGUUCCAUUCUUAACGUGUGUUGCUCUCACAAUAAAGGGGUGAGCCCACAUUGCCUGCAGCUGGACAGCUUUACUGGGGUAGGGGGGCUGGGAGUCAGGACUCCUGGGUUCUAUUCCCAGACAGUUUUACUGAGUCAAUCCCUGACUCCAUGAUGGAAACCUUGGAAUUGGCAUCAUGUGAGAAAUCUGUGGGGUAUUAGACUACUGAGCCCCACACUUGGCCCUCUGGCCGUCCAGGACUCCUGGGUCUAUCCCAGCCCUGGGAGGGAAGUGGGGGCUGGUGGGCUAGAGUGUGGAGGGGGGAGGGGCAGUACUCCUGGGUCUCCCUGGGAGCAAGCAGGGAUGUUUGUGUCUGCUGUUGCCUCUUUAAUUAGAGUGUAAUUAAAGUUCCUGGUGGCAGGAAGCUCCCUGUACCAGCUCCCCCCUCCUCUGGGGCCUUUCCCACCAAGCGAGCAAUGGCCCCCCAGAGUCUGUGUCCCACUGGGGUGGGCUGGGACAUGGCUCCCUGCCUUAACCCUUCACUAAAGCCAGGAGCAGCCCAUCCCCCCUGUCCCAUUGUAAGCUGGGCUGUCUUCAGCUCUUACACUAAGCUGGAGCAGGUCUGUGGAUGGGAGACCUCCAGGAGGCUGUGAGAAGCAGAGGCUCACUUUCUGCCCUAAACUAUCCUGCAAUCCCAAUUGUUGCACCCCACUCCAGAGGUGGCUGCAUCUCUGCGCUGGGUGAGAGAUCCUACCCCCUGCUCAGACCCAGCAGUGGCUUCAUCUCAGUGCCAGGUGAGGAGUCCCUGUGUAAACAGCCCCCCGUGCACCACCCCAAAAGUGGCUGCAUCUCAGAGACAGGGAAGUGAUUUCUCUGUAUACAAUGUGUACAAACCAUUAGUAAAUAUUUUAAACUGA